GCUUUAGUUUGACAUUGACGAACAACACCAAAUACUGGAGGAAAAUCUGUUGGGCUACUGUCCAGAGAAAAACUGCUUUUGGGAAAAUAGACAUAAUUUUCCAUGCAGUAAACAGAUUCUUCACAACAAUAAAAGAUGUGGAGGGCCGCUAGGCUUCCAGUUACUGUAGGAAAAAGCAGACUAUUUGUUGGCCUGCCUUCCAAAGAACUGAGAGGAGGCCUGUGCAGAGACAAUGUGACACAUUUGGUUAGCAGUGGUUGUCCACCAUUGUCCAUUGUGAGCUUACAACCGGUCAGGUUUUACAGAACCACAUCCCUGCUGCUGAUAAGGAGAGGGGAUUCUUACAGCGGUUUAUCCCCCAGACAACGGUUUUCCAGAAGGACCACAAUUUACCUUUUCUCAAUGGGCCUUAUCAUUCUUGGUACUUUUGUAGGAUUUUAUGGUGGCUUUUCUUUUUUUAAACCAAAGAGGAAAAGUGUGGAAGCAGCAGAACCUGAGGCAGUUGGACACCAAGAAGAAGGGGAGGGGGAGGAAGAGGUCAAGAAGAAGAAGAUCGGCUUCAGGGAAAAAAGAAUUAUAGAAUAUGAGAAUAGAAUCCGGGCCUACUCCACCCCUGAUAAGAUUUUCCGUUAUUUUGCCACUCUGAAAGUACACCAUGGGGAAGACAGAGGCUGGGAAAUAUACAUGACUCCCGAGGAUUUUGUUCGCUCCAUCACCCCAGGGAUGAAGCAGCCUGAGGGGCUGGAUUUGGACAGAUUUAUCAAGUUUGAUCCACAGAAGAAAACAAUCUUAAGUGUACCCAGGCUGUGUCCGCUUAAAGUGCACAGCAAAGUGGAAUGGAACCUAGGAGAGGACAGCAUUUUCUAUCAGAUGGGGGAGAGUGGCCUCAUUUCCUUCUCUGAUUACAUAUUUCUUCUAACCGUUCUCUCUACACCACCCAGGAAUUUUCAGAUUGCAUUUAAAAUGUUUGACUUCAAUGGAGAUGGUGAAGUGGACAUUGAAGAGUUCGAAAAAGUCAACGAUAUCAUAAGAAACCAAACCAGUAUUGGCAAACGACACAAGGAUCAUGCUGUUACAGGAAGUGUUAAUAAAGGGGUAGGCUCAGCCCUUCUCAAUUACUUUUUUGGUCCUGAUGGAAAAAAGAAACUCACUGUCAAAGAAUUUCUCACAUUCCAACAGAGACUUCAAAAUGAAGUCUUACGUAUAGAGUUUGACCGUUACGAUCCACUCUAUGAGGAGAAGGGAAAGAUCUCAGAGAAGGACUUUGGUCGCAUUCUCCUAACGUACGCUGGAUAUCCAGACCAGAAAAAAUCUCGCAUGCUGAAGAGAGUCAAGAAGAAGUACAAGGAGGACCCUAAGGGCAUUACUUUUGAUGAAUACUUGAACUUCUGGAUGUUCCUAAAGAGCAUUAAUGAUGUAGACACAGCUCUUAGUUUUUACCACCUAGCUGGUGUGUCAAUUGAUGAGGAGACAUUGAAGCAUGUAGCAGCAACAGUGGCAGGAGUCAAGCUCUCAGAUCAUGUGGUGGAGCUGGUGUUUACAUUGUUUGAUGAAAAUGCUGAUGGGCAAUUAAGCAACAAAGAGUUUGUAUCUGUGAUGAAACAAAGAGUAAUGAGAGGACUUGAGAAACCUAAAGACACUGGCUUUGUGAAACUCAUCAAUGCUGUCUUUAAAUGUGCAAAGAACACUACUACUGCUUUCCUUGACUGAAGAGCUAUACAAAGGGAGAUAAUGCUCAAUGGCAGGAGAUAAUUCAAUUCCUGUUUCAUUUUCAUGGAAUUUUGUUACCUGUACUGCCAUUCAUUUUUUUUCUUCUGUAGCGAAUCUACUUAAGGAAAAGUAUAUUUUUUAUUUAAAAGCAGUGUGAUGCUGAGAGAACAUAGAGAAGACAUGUCAGUUGUUCUCUGUGAUAUGUUUAAGCAUCCUACAGCAUAAUUGUUACUGUACACCAUUUCCUUUGGAAGAAUCACUUGUAUUUAUAGAUUUCUACCUUGUACCUUGUACAUGUAUUAUUUAGUUCUGUUUCUAAUUAAGGGUUAUAAAAAUAAUUUUAACAUUGAGGUAGUGUUGAUAUACAAGUAGACAUGAAUUUUAUGUUUGUUUUGUAUUUAUUUAUUUCAUAUGAAUUUUAACAAUUGCAUUCACACAAUGCUAGAUAUUGCAGCAUGUUGUAUUAUCUAUAACUUUCAUAGAAAAUUUGAAACUUUGCACAGUAAAAUUUCAUCUUUAGGGUUUCAGUGUUUUUGUUUAAGAAUUAGAUCUAAAGAUUUUUUUACAUGCAUUUUUUAAUCAUGUCUAGGAUAUUGUUAUUACAUUAUUACAUGUACCGUGACAUUUGCUAAAACCAUUUCCCAGGUCUGUGAUGUUUGAUGUUCCAGAAUAAGAAUCAACUAAAUUAAUUUUUAAAAAAAACCCAUUAUUUUAAUAUAUAAGAAAAUUGUAAAAUUUUCUGACUCUUGUAAAUUGUCGCAUUCUGUUUUGUUUUUGCAAUAUGAUUUGAUGAAUGUUACUACCAUUUGAUUCAUAUUUAUAUAUAUAGCAUUUAUUUAUCUACAGUACCUCUAUCUUUUCAAUAGAAGUUCAGUGCUGAAUAUACAUUUAUCUCAAUUUUGUUUGGGAUUUGUGAAUAUGAGGAAUGAAUAAACCUUUUGAAUUUCCA